UUUUGUCGAAUGCACUUUUGUUACUUACUGCAGGUUCAUAAACUAUGCCAUUAGGAAUACCCCGCAGGAAAAAGGCCUCACCAUUAGUGGAAAAUGAGGAAGCUGAACCUGUCCGUGGUGGUAUGAAUGUUGGAGAUAUGAGGACGUUUGGAGGAAUGACUUCACUACAACCUGGAUUGCCACCUCCACCUCCCAACCUUCGUCCACGACUGAUCUUCCAUACACAGUUGGCACAUGGAAGUCCCACAGGUCGGAUAGAGGGCUUUAGCAAUGUGAAAGAGCUUUACAACAAGAUAGGAGAAGCAUUUAAUAUACCAGCCAAUGAUAUUAUGUUUUGCACAUUAAACACCCAUAAAGUUGACAUGGACAAGCUUCUUGGUGGUCAGAUUGGACUGGAAGAUUUCAUCUUUGCUCACGUGAAAGGCCAACAGAAGGAGGUAGAGGUGUUCAAGUCAGAAGAUGCUUUGGGCUUGACCAUCACUGACAAUGGAGCUGGUUAUGCAUUUAUUAAGAGAAUCCGGGAAGGCAGCAUUAUUGACAGAAUUGCAGUGAUUAAUGUUGGCGAUAUGAUUGAAUCAAUUAAUGGACAUAGCCUUGUUGGUUGUCGACAUUUUGAAGUAGCAAAGAUGUUGAAGGACUUGCAGAAAGGAAAAACAUUUACAUUAAAGUUGGUUGAACCUUUAAAGGCUUUUGAUAUGAUUGGUCAGCGUGGAGGUGGAGGUAAGCAGACUACUGGUGCUCAGCUAGGGACUGGAAGAGGAACCUUAAGACUGCGUUCCAAAGGGCCGGCAACUGUGCAAGAACUGCCCUCUGCAUUUGAAGAGAAGGCAAUUCAGAAGGUGGAUGACUUACUAGAAAGCUACAUGGGAAUCAGAGACACUGAUCUUGCUGAGAACAUGGUGGAGCUUGGAAAAGACAAAAAGAAUCCUGAUGAAUUUGCUCAGGCAUUAGAUGAGUCAUUGGGUGACUUUGGUUUCCCUGAUGAGUUUGUCUUUGAUGUUUGGGGUGCUAUCGGUGAUGCCAAGGUUGGACGAUAUUAGCUAGCUGAAACAUACUGGGACAUUUUUGCUGGAAAUGGAAUUUAGAGACUAAAAUUUUGGAGAAAACACUGCAGACCAUGAGAAGCCUAAAGGAUUGCAUUUGUGAGAUGGGUUGGUGGAAUAAGGUUCCACUUCAUCAGUACUGGUCAAGGAUAAGGCUUUGAAAUAUGAAAAUUAAAUUCUUAGGGAGAAAAAAACAAACAACCUUUUCAAAAGUGUAGAUGUCUGGUAGGGUGCAGUUUCCAAGUUUUAUGUAGUAUUUUUAUAAAGGAAGCCUUUUGCAGCUCUCACUCUUGUUUUAUUUCAAUGCACAUUUUCUUCACAUUUCAGUAGAUAUCCCUCUGUUCAUUGUUAGAGUAAUCAUUUAGACUAAUUAGUUCCUGUUCUGAAGACAUACUAGCUUCUACAAACUGCUGACCAUUUUUCAGUAGCUGUAGUUCUGUGCAUCACCUUUUAUGUUUACAUUGCAGCCGGUCACUAUGUACUAUCUACUCCUAAUGCAAUUUGAAAAGAUUUGUUUUUAGUGGGAGAGCAUUUUCUGACCUUGUAGUAUGUGGUCCUUCCCCAUUUCAUUGAAGUAAAAGAAUCUGCAGCUUAUACUAGAGUUUGUUACUGAAGGUCUUAACCUGCUUCUGGCCAUCAAGUCUGGUGGAACAUUUGAACUGAAUAAUGCAACAGUGUACCUUUGAAAUUGUCUACAUUCUUGUCUUGACUGAUCUUACUACAUGGACCACAUUCCUAGCACUUUGGCAAAAAUAUUUACUUUACACAUUCUGUAAAUCCUGCUGUACAAGUUAUGGUCAAUAUCAGCGGCCUCUGUUUUGUGCAACAAGUCAAGCUGUGUACCAGCUCCUUGCAGUACAGUCCCUCAUCUUUGGAGUAAUUAACACUAGUAAGAUUCUGGUUAAUUUUUUUAAGACUAUAACAGAUACUAUUUUUAUAAAUCGGAACACUUAAAGUAGGCUUGAAACACUUCAGAUGCCUGCACCUGCUUGCUGUGUAGUAAGUGUGCUUAUAAUUAAUGUCUACCUUUCUUUGUGUUUGAACGUUGGGAGGGUUUUGAAUAUAUGGUUUAUAAAUCUGUGGUAUGAAAGAUCAGGUGAAGCUGCACUCUGUUCAGCUCAGCUCAUUUUUGAUAAUUGUUAAAUUAAGAAAUACCUGGUCUUAUAUUGCUUAGUGAAUGUAUUAACUGUGAGUUGUAUUUAUUUAUCUGUUGUAAUUUUCAGGCCUUGUUCAGAAAAAUUUCAAACAUUUUGGAACUUGCCAGGAAGAACUGAGCACCCCAUUCAGGAGUUGGAAUUUAUGUAAAAACCUGUUGCCAUGUCAUGUUGGUCAGACAUGGACACCUAGGAGUGUGAAAGGACACUUACAAUACAUAGUAUUGUGACAUGAACCUUAACACAGCUAUUAGGAACACUAUUUUGUCUGAGGCUAGUUAGUUUACUAAGUUAAAAAAACAAACCACUUCAGUGAGCAUGUUCAUUUAUUUUAAACUGACCGCUGUUUGCCUAAGUGUUGAAUUAGGCAAGCCUGAACAAAUGAAAAACAUCUUCCUGCACCAGUCCUUUAUACUUCACAUAGGUCUAUUGUGUAUUCACUCUUUUGUAUUCACCUUAUACUCCAUAACAUGAGAUGCCCACAGUGCCAUACUAAAUAAUCCAACCAGGAAUUCCUUUCAUGUACUACAAUUUUUUGUAAGCAGAUUGUAAGAACAGCACUUGUUUCACAUGUCUUGACAUCAUCAAAAACUCACUGGUGCUGUCUGUGUCGUCAACACACUGAGGUCGUGGAAGCAUUUCCAUAGAUUUUAAUAGACACACACACACACACACCACUGUCCAUGAUGGAGCUUCAUCUGUUGAUGCCUAAUGGCACUCACCAACACUAUCAUUGUAAUGACAUUACUUAGAGAUACAAGAAGCCACUUGCAUAAAAUAGGUACAGUAAGGAAAAAAUUAAUUGAGGCUUUUCUGUUAUGAAGUGCUGUGGUGUGUGUUUCUCUGUAUGGAUCUACCAGUAACUGUUGAAUGGCUGCUAUGCCAACCUCACUAACACUGACAUGUUACUGCACAUACUCUGAGGCUAAUCCUUGGAACAUGCAUUUAAUAAAAAGUGUUUUUGCAAGGGAACACGCUUCCCUGCAUCCAUCGCAUCCCUUGCUACAUAUUUAUUCCAACUCUGAGACUCCACACUCUCUGGGGGAAGGGUGUAUUCCCCAACCCCAGGAAUUGUCCAUUCUCGCACAACUGUUGACUGACGUGUGUUGACAGUACUGAGGUUGAUUUUAACUAAAAUCAAGUAAUACUACGAAAGCCACACACCCAUACACAUGCAUUUAGGGCAGCUGGUCGAAAGACCAGCUGUGUCAGGAUCUGUUUGGUUGACACAUUUGGUCAACUCAAGCAGGUAAAGAACAGGUGUGCAAGAUAAACACCCCCCACAUAGGGAAAUAUUACCUUUCCCUGUUGACUGUGUAAUCUCUGAGUUCGUAUUUAUAUUUAUCAGGGGUGUAUGGAGGCUUGCCUUCCUGCAAAAACUCUUCCAUUUAGUUUAAUCAACUCCAGCAUAAUCCUGGUACAUGUGCAGAAAGUGCCGACAUUAAAUGUUUUGAUGUAGUAAUGCUGAAAUUUUGAUUGUCAGCGUUGCUGGUCAUUCAACCAGCUGUCCUAGAUAUUAUAUGCGUGCGUGUGUGUGUGUGUGUGCACGCGCACACACACAUAUGUGUACCCACAUACAUAUGCAACUGUCUUUCACAGAAUGCAUGGCUGUAUGAAUGGUUUUGGCUUUAGAGCUCCAAUCCCAGACAUCCAUGUUAUAUGGUGAGAUAACACAACAGUUUGGAGUACUGCAACAGUCAUUAGCAGGACAUCUACUAUGUUAAGUUCUUGCAUAACUAUACUUUUUUCAGAAGCAAAGUUUUUUUUCCUCCUCAAUUGAGUUGAAAUAUCUAGAGGUAAGGUCAAACGUAAAUACUAGGCUGUCAGUUGCAGACUGUUACAAGCCUAGCCCAUAACCAGAGGUCAGAAUCAAACCAUGUACCUUAUAUAUGUAAAGUUAAAGAUAUAUUAACCAUUAUGCCAACCCUCCCAUCCAGUAGGGCAGUGGAUUGAAAAUGCCGUUAUUGAAAAGCAUUUUGCUGUUGCAGUAUGAUUGAGAAUAGUUUGGUCAAAUGUAACAGUGAGUAGAUCUGGUUUUGUUAGAUGUUCUGUUGAAUAAAAUCCUAGAUUGUUAGAAUAUUUUAAUCAAAGUCACUGACUUC